GCUCCUGAUUUCCCGGCAGCCAAGGAGCAGCAAGUAGUUUCCUGCCCCAGAGGGUCAUUCUGACCACUGUCCCAGUCCAGUCCUGCUCCUGCUGCCCAGCCUCAGUUACGCUGGUGCCUGGGGCUGUCCAGUUCCUUGUGUUCUCUGGCUGUUCCAUCCUCUGCCUCACCCAGUCCCAAAGGCUUCCUCCCAGGGUGCCAAGAUGCCUGUCUCAGUGGACGAUGUCAUGAAGCUGCUCUGCUCCAUUUCCAACAAGAAGGGAUUAGAAGUGGUCACCAAGGGCCAAUGGAGGGGUGUCAUGCACGCUGGUAUUUGCGCUGGGAUUGGUGGGCUCUUGGCUGGCCCACCGGGAAUAGCUGUUGGGGGUGUCCUCGGGGGCCUGAUGGGGGCCUGGAUGUCCAAGGAGAAGAGGAGACCUGCAUCUCAGGUCCUCAAGGAGCUGUCUGGUGCCCAGCAGAUGAAGCUAUUCAAUAAAGUCAAGGCCAUCAUCUGCAACCUGGACUCCAUGAACAACAAGCAGCUCACAGAGUGGGUCCUGAGCAGUGAGUCGCUUCAGCAGCAGCUGCUACACAUGCUGAAGGAUUUCUUUGAAAAGGAGCUUAAGAUCCCAAGUGCAGUGCAGAAGUAAUCCCUCGGGGCUGGGGUCCCCAGGAGUGGUGGGGGCUGGGGUCCCUACAGCGGCAAGUGUCGCCUGAAACCCUCGGUGCUCAACCUGCCUCACCUCACGGCACACACCAGCGCAUCACUGAAAUUCAGGGCACCCCGCAAAACGAAUUGUACUUUUUGUUGAUGUGAUGAGCAAAAUACGUAUAGUUUUGAUUCAUUCA